AUGCCAAGCAGCGCCCAUGUCAAAGUAUCGAACGCCCCCGACAGCAAUCAAAUGCCACAACGACGUGUCUUGAUAAUUGGCGCCGGCAUUUCUGGCCUUCUCCUCGCUCAAGUCUUGAAGCUCCAUUCGAUCCCCUUCACUAUUUUCGACCGUGAGCCAAGUCCAACAGCUCGAGACAAGAAGGAAAACCUAGGUUGGGGUUUGACCAUCCAUUGGUCCCUAGCAGCUCUCCGUUAUCUCCUACCCGAGGAGUUAGUGCAGAGACUGCCAGAGACUUAUGUCGAUAGGAAAGCCAUUGAGGCUGGGCGAACAGGAACUUUCCCAUUCUAUGAUUUGAGCACGGGGGAGUUGAAGGCUUCUGUGCCAGAGGUGGGAGAAAACAGCAGGGUGAGGGUUGAGAGAAGAAGAUUGAGAGAGUUGCUCGGAGUGGGGGUUGAGGUGAAGUGGGAUAAGAGUGUCAAGCAGGUUGAUACCGGGGAGGAGUUUGUCACUGUGGCAUUCGAUGAUGAAACAGCAACUUCAGGGACUUUGCUCGUGGCUUGCGAUGGUGCCAACUCGGUGAUUCGCCGUGCCCUUUUCCCGGAAGAGCAGUAUCCCAAAUACCGGAUUCCAGUGAGAGUGAUGGGUGUCAGACUCGAGUGUUCGAAGGAAGAUAUUGAGCCGGUAAGGGCGCUUGAUCCGUUUUUCUUGCAAGGGAGUUGUCCUGCGACGAGAUCGUAUGUUUAUGUUAGCGUCCUCGAUGCCCCUGGAAACAGCCCGAAUAAAGGCACAGACAAGUACACUGUGCAAGUGGUUGUCUCAUGGCCCAUCCGCAGCGGCGUGCUUGGGCAAUCAUCACCCAUCCCGGUUCCCGAAAGCAAUGAUGAGAGACUCGGGCUUCUCAAGACCUUUGCCGCAUUGUGGAGCGAACCUUUCAAGUCACUCGUCUGUAACGCUCCUGGGGACACCGAAGUAAAGCGCCUCGACCUGGCGGACUGGGCACCGCCAAAGGGUCUGCGAAGUGCAGGUCGAGUGACAUUUGUUGGUGAUGCCUUGCAUCCUAUGGCCAUGUACCGUGGUGAGGGCGCCAACCAUGCAAUAUUCGACGUCCUGGAGUUUGCGCAACAGGUGAUUUCGCACCUGGAAGACACGACUGCGAAAUUGCGGGAUGCCAUCGACAGGUAUGAGGAUUCGGUAAUUAUCAGAUCCAGGCCAGCGGUGUUUGCGUCGCGACAAGCAUGCAUAGAUGCGCACUGGUGGGAACGGAUUAGAGGGAGCACUCCUCUAUUGAGCAGACGAACUCCCAGUAUGGAGUUUGAGGAGGGAGACGUUUGCAUAUGGUCCGACUAA